UGGCAUGCAUGGCGGAAAGGCGGAAGUUGAGUUUGUCCAGUCGGAACAAAAACAAGAAGCAGUUAACACAUGUAACAUUGUUAACCGCCCAGCAACCUCCUGAUCUUAAGAAAGCGGUUGCAGUCAUUGAUCUUUGCUCCGAUGAUGAGCCUGUUGGCAGUGUUGUCAGCCAAGCCAAUACAAAGUGUAAAUUCUGUGAAACUACUGACCCUGCUGUGCCAAAGUACUACACGCCAAAAUAUCUGACGAAUCUGCCUGAUUAUAAAGACGCAACUAACAAACACGUGACUCAAGAACCUGAGAGUGAGACAUUCCAGAGCACAGAUUCAUUGGAGAAAAUACAUCAACUUUCAGCGUUACCAUGGCCAUGUUUGGACUGUAUGGGUUGCAGGAAGAAGGUUGACUACAGACGACAUUGAAGAAUCCAACAAACAUCUAGAAUUCUGACCUACUGAUUUUGUGUUCUCUCAGAGGUACUUAUAGUCGUAUGUCCCCUACAAAAAUGAGGGAAACGUCUCAGGAACCAGGGGGAAAAGAAAAUGAGGACAUCGCCUCAUCAUCACGGGCGGCUCGACAGCCUGUGGCUAUGGAAUCUGACAAUAAUGGUGAGCAGCAUCCAGAAGAUGUUUGGGCUCAAUUUUUGGCAGAAUGGGAAAAUUAUCAACCAGUUGCAGAAAACUCUGAUAGCAAUGAUGGUGUGGAAAACAUUCCGCAAAGCAAAGAUGGUGCGGUAGACAGAGAGCUCAGGUCAAAAACUGUGCUCAGCUCGGACUCUCACACAGUGGAGGGAGAUUUAUCAGAAGCGUCUAAGAAUACACACUCCAAAGAACAGCCUGUUGUUUACAAAUACAAGUACGAGAAAGAAACUGCAGGGCCUGUUACAACUCCUAACCUGCCAACGCAAUCGAAUGAACGUCAUAUUCGGGUCAAUGGCAAUGAUCAGUAUUCGUCAAUUUCAACUCCUAACCUCAAAGAUCCCAUUCUUCCAAUCAAAAAGGAGAACAAUGUUAUCUUGGACCAGGACGAAGUCACUUACGUCAAAGCUGACGCUGACUCUCUGGGUGCUCACUUUUUGCCUGAUGGUCAACACGACAUCAGAAAGAUUAAGUCUGAAAUUCCGAACAUUUCCGGUGAUUUUAUUAUGAUGCCAAAUCAGCAGGAACUUGAUCAUUAUUUCCGAAAUAUAAAAGAAGGUGAAGUUCUGGUAAUCAAGUCAGAAAUUCAUAAUCUUGAUUCAUCCUCCACUUUAAAUCACGCGAAUUUUGUCAUCGGUGAAAAUAGCACGGUUUCUUAUGUCAAGGAUGAAACUUGUGUGAGCAUGAAUAUUGGUACAGAAUCUGCAACAAACGAUACAGGGACGCCUGAUGAAUCUGUCGUUCCAGACCGCAAAGACAUGAGUUGUCAGACAGGUAGUCGAUUACGUGACCUUCUAACUCGUCCAAUCAAACGCAAAGCAGCCAAAGUCUCAGAUUUCAGUGAAAAGGUAACAUCUUCAGACACUCGGGCAGCUAAUGUUGAUGAUUCGGUACCAAAUAAUAAUCAGGAAUCUCGCAAUGAAUUAGACAAGCGAUCGAAGGACAUUCCGAUAUUUGAAUCUCAGCUCGAUGAAGCAGCACUUGCACGCAUAGAAGAACUAGAUAGAAUUUUAUCUCAGAUGCACUGUGUUGCGCUGGCUGAGAAGUUGGGUACUGAAACUCAGUUAGAAAUUGAAGCAUUGCCACAGUUAGAUAAUGCUUUGUCUGUUGAGAUUCGCGACCCGCCUUUAUCAGAGUUGUGCAAUGCAAAAUGUGUGCCUAGCGAAGUUGAUAGUACUAUUCCUCCUGAGAUAGAGUUGUCUGCAUUAAGCAAACUUGAAACACAGAAGCCUGGAUCUCUGUUAGACAGUGCUAUACCAACUGAAAAACAGAGGUCUGCAUCUCAGGAAGACGGCACUGUGCCAACUGAAGAACACAGGCCCGUAUCUCUGCCAUGUGAUUCUCCACAUUCUGAGAUACAGGCAUCUGUAUUAAGUCCGUUUGGUGAUGUUACACAGAAGUCUGUUGAUAAUCUUAACGCGGUUGUUUCUGGAAAAUCAUGUGAAAGUAUUGAAACGCAAACUGUUGGUAUGAAACUUGAGCCCUGUGAGCAGAAUAUCCCAGUGCUCCUCUGCGACCAGUGUGAUUUUUUGUGCCACAGUCUUCCAAAGUUGGCUCGUCAUAAAGAGAAGCAUAUUGCCAUGAAAAGGGAGCCAGAACCUGUAGAAUGUGUAGCUAAUGUUAGUAAGGGGAGGGUGGUUGGGACAUUGGUGCAGUCUCAAGGUUGUCAAGCUAGUUCUAAAGUGCUUUGUCUCCCGAAGGUUACUAAUGUGAAAAAGGAAACUGAUUCAGAAUCGUCAAGAAAUUCCAAUCGAUGCAAUGAUGCCAGUGAAAAGCAAUGUGUGGAUAGUGUUUCUGACAGUGAUAAUGUUGUCACUUCUAAUUUUCAAAUUGGAGGCAUCUGUACGCUGGAUAUGGGUGUUAGUACUGUCACAUCAGGAGGGGAGUCUGAGGAUGAUGAUGAUGCUGGUGUGGAAGAUUCUGCUUUAGUCGAUGGACAAGUUAACUCUGUCACAGAUAAUCUACAAGGUACACCUAAUAUGAGUGUAUUAGCUAGUAUACUGUCUAGUACUACUCCAUAUCUGUACAAUAGCCAACAGGCUAUUACCAAUGGCGGUAUUGCUCCGUACCUACAUAGUAGCCAACCGACUAUUGCCAAUCUGAGUUCUCUUCAGUAUCUACACAGCCAACAGGUUAUUUCCAAUCGGGGUUCUGCUCCCUAUCUACACACUCGCCAACAGACUUUUGCCCAUCGCAUUACUGCUCCGUAUCUGCACAAUGGUCAAAGCACUGGUCCUUAUAAGGGGACUGUGCCACAACACAUUGGCCAACAGAGCAAGGCAAGUAGAAUGGCUACUCCGUAUCUGCACAAUGGAAUGCCUUAUAUUCAAAAUGGAACUUCCCCAAGUCUUGCUGGUUUCCGAAGCAGUCGUGGCAGCCCAGCGGUGCCCAAUGUGAUAGAAAUUGAUGAUGAUUCAUCAGACAAUGCGUCGAACAUAACUUCAAAUGAAAUUCAGGAACAUAUACCCAGUGACCAGCGAGGGGAAGGCAAUGACCAAUUAGACGGAGCAGCAUCUGGUAAAUGUAAGGAUUUUUUAACCAAUAUGAACCAAGAGGCUACUGUUCGAGACCAGGGAUCACCAAAAACUCUUUUGGAUCUGUUGAGUACAAGAUGUGAAACCAAUACAGUGCGUCCGAUUCUCUCUACCUCUGAUUUAGAAUGGCUGAAUACUGCAUUGGGACGAACUGGUACUGGUCAAGUUGCUGCCAAGGGUCGGAAACAAAAAUCAUCUUUGGCAAACACUUCUGGGUCUCGUGUGCGAGGUUCUACUCAAAAGUUUAGCAGUCUCCAAAAGACUAAGCAGACCGGCGCGCACAGCAGAGGUACUUAUCCAUCAACUACUCCCAAACGGAAGAAUAAUGUUCCUGUCUUCAAUCAAAGACGAUUUUCGAAGGAUUAUUUGCAGAGGUCACAGCAAUGUGUGGACUCCUCCAGGAACACACAGUCAGAACAAAGGAGAAAUGGAGCUUCCCCAAGUGAUUUGGCUCCUCUACCUGGUCUGGGAGUGGGAAGCAAGGCUGUUGUGAUUGAAAUUGGUGAUGAUUCUUCAGAUAUGGGGUUGAAGAAAACAUCAGUACCAGGUCCCAAUUCUUCCACGACACCAAGUUUCGUGGCUACAUCUGGACAAUUACCUCAGUCGAAAAAAAGUAACCCAAUUCUUUCUAGUAGACUAUUUGCUCAAGGUGAUAGAACGAGUUCAAGUUUGCCUCACCAGGGGGCCCAGCUGUAUUCAGAAGUAAGAGAAAAUGGAUAUCAGCACUGCAGGACAAUAAGAGAUUUCCUCAAUUUUAGGGAUAGGCAAAAAGUCUCUACUCGGCCUCAUGCUGCAUCAGGAGAAGAACCAGGUCAUUUGAAUUCUAAUGCUUCAGGACAGAAAAAGGAGACUCUGCCAGUUAUCAAGAACCUACUGGCUGGGAUAAAUCAACCAUCAUCGAAUGUCAACGGGGCAUCAGAAAGAUCUCUGGUAACUUCUAACCUGAUAUCAAAUGAAAUUCACUCAAAUGAGUCGAAUACCAAUAGGCUUUCUCAACGUGACCAGCAACAACUGGAUGGACCAGUUUCAUUUGGAGGUCUUGUUGAUAGCGUCACUUCUUCUUGCCUUGAUGCUGAUGUGAGUCGACCAAUUGAGAAGUCUUUUGAUCAGAAUUCAGCUGGUACGCAGUUGGGUUCCGCAGAUUUAUCCAAUAUGGCAAUGACAGAUUUUGCGGAUGGCCAGAAAGAUUUUAAUAAUAAUACAUGUACUGAUGUUGUUUCCAAGGAAGCCUAUGAAAAUGUUGGGAAAUGUGUUGGAGAGUGGGAUAAAACAUCUUCUGGUCUCUAUCAUGAAGAUUCCGAUACUGACACUGUUACCGUAUGUGAAGCUGUACCUGUGUCCGAGUGCAGAACUGUCACAGUUUUGGAGUCUAGGGCUCUCACAGUUUCCAAGUCUGGUACUCUAUCUGUUUCUGAGUGCGAUCCGGACUUUAACUCCCGCCAAGAAAGAAAUAAAACUGACAAGAAAUUUUCUAAAGGAGGACAAGUUGCUGAUGGUUCACUCAAUCAAAUCAAUCAGAAUACAUGUAUGCCAAAGACUAGCCUUUCAGAUCUUUUAACUGCUAGAUCUGAAGUGGAUACAACAAAUCCAAUUCCCUCUGAUACUUCCUGGAUGAACUCCACCCUUGAGGAGACUGGCACUGAUCCGGCUGCUGCUCCACGCAGCAGUGGCAGAGGGCUUCGAAAGAUCUUCCGAUGUGAGCACUGCUCCAAGAACUUUACUUGCCUAUCUGGCUUGAACCAACAUAAGUUGGAAUGUCGUGCAGUGGAGGUUGAGUCCGAUCCUGAAUCAAAUGAUGGCGAGGCAAGAGGUAGGAAGCGUAGGUGGAUGGAGUCUGUUCAUUCAGAGUCAGAUGAUACCAUUGUUGAUGGUGAUUACAAACCUGCCCCAAAUAGCUCGGCAUCUACAGACGAGGAUGAUGUGGACAGCUGUGCUGAAUCGGUUUGGAUGGAUUCUGAAUCUGACACUGAAGAUAAAGUUAUGGUUCUGAACAAUGUUGCCUCUGAAAGUUGCAAGGCAAGGACAAAUCGGCAGUCUUCGCGAGAGAGUGAUCAGAUUGAAAACCCUGGAAGUGCAAAGGAAGAUCACAGUCGAAGUCACUCGGCAAAGAGGUCUGAACUUCCACCGGUUUUUAGAGGCAGAGAUCGCAGGCACCGAACAGAUCCCUAUCUUCGUCUUCACACACUAAAGGCAGUCAAACAAAACAAGGCAAAAGCUAACUUGGACAUAGUUGAUCUGGUCACUAGUGAGGAAGACACCGAGUCUGACGUCGAAAUUGAAGGGUAUUGUCGAGUGGUGAAUCCGAAGGACUACUGGUGCGAAGUCUGUGAUGAAGUCUUGGGGGACACAUGGGCCAUAGGAGACCAUCUCGUAACCAAACAUGGACACAUACCUGGCCUCGUACAGAAUCCAAGUCAAGAAACUUGCGAUAUCUGUUGUCGUUCAUAUUUAAGUAAAAUCAAUCUUCUCCGUCAUAAGAUUAAAGUUCAUGGUCCUUAUCUCCUUUUGGUGAAGAAAGGAUUAGCAAAGAGAAAAUUUGUCAAAAGGAAGAAAACUCCGCUCAAGGGUGUCUUUUCUGAGAACCAUAAAAAGAGAAUGUUUCUUUGUGAGAGGUGUGAUUUGGUUACUGCUGGUUCUGAAGAGAUUAUACAACACAUGAACACCCAUGACAAUGAUACAAGUCUGCAAGUCGAGUCUGAACAGACUUGUGACAUCUGUGAGGCCCAGUUUAUUAGUCCGUUGAUGAUACUAAAGCACAAGAUAUUCAACCAUAGUGGCUAUCUUUUGCAAAAGAGGAAGGACAUUAUAUCUGAAGGUGGCAAAACAGAUGAUAUGGAUCAACAGAUAGCUGUACAUGCCAAACCUGAUGUAGCAGAGACUCAGAUGUCUGAAGAGGCCAACCCAGAUGUGACAGAACCUCAGAAAGCUACUGAGGCCAACCCAGAUGUGACAGAACCUCAAAAAGCUACUGUGGCCAACCCAGAUGUGGCAGAACCUCAAAAAGCUACUGAGGCCAACCCAGAUGUGACAGAACCUCAAAAAGCUACUGAGGCCAACCUAGAUGUGACAGAACCUCAAAAAGCUACUGAGGCCAGCCCAGAUGUGGCAGAACCUCAAAAAGCUACUGAAGCCAACCCAGAUGUGACAGAACCUCAAAAAGCUACUGAGGUCAACCCAGAUGUGGCAGAACCUCAAAAAGCUACUGAAGCCAACCCAGAUGUGACAGAACCUCAAAAAGCUACUGAGGCCAACCCAGAUGUGGCAGAACCUCAAAAAGCUACUGAGGCCAACCCAGAUGUGACAGAACCUCAAAAAGCUACUGAAGCCAACCCAGAUGUGACAGAACCUCAAAAAGCUACUGAGGCCAACCCAGAUGUGGCAGAACCUCAAAAAGCUACUGAGGCCAACCCAGAUGUGGCAGAAUCACCGAUAUCUAUUAAACAGGCCAACCCAGAUGUGACAGAACCUCAAAAAGCUACUGAGGCCAACCCAGAUGUGGCAGAAUCACCGAUAUCUAUUAAACAGGCCAACCUAGAUGUGACAGAAUCUCAUGUGUCAGAUGAGGCAAACCCAGAUGAGACUGAAACACAAAUACCUAAACAGGCCAACCGAGAUGUGACAGAAUCUCAUGUGUCGGAUGAGGCCAACCCACAUAAGACUAAACCUCAAAAAUCUGCUGAGGCCAACCCAGAUGCAACAAAAAACCCACAGAUGUCCGAUGAGAGAAAGCCUCAUGUAGCAGAAACACAAGUAUCGAAAGGGACCAAUGCGAGUGCAGCAGAAUCUAAGGAUGCCAAUAUGUCUCUGGCGGAAUCCGGAUCCUCCGCUCAAGACCCAUCAACUGAGGUGACACAGUCUGUGGAAGAAUUUGACAAGACUACCAAGCAAGAUUUUAUGACUCCAGCUGUUCCUGGGCUGUCAGAUGCUGAGCUAUCUGACGAAGCAUUUGCUGAUAAACAUAGCAUAUCUGUGAAAGGUCGGUUUGAUGUCAAGUAUGUUUGUAAAUUCUGUAUAAAGCAUAACCAAACUUGGACCGACAAGGGCCUUUAUAGGGGUCAUCUUAAGAAGCAUUCACCGAGUUGGGAAAUAGUCUGUCCUUGCUGCUGCGCAAAGUUGAAAACAAAAUUUAUAUUGAGAAAACAUCUUGAAAUGUGUAUUCAAGAGCACAACUUCAUUUGUCAGUUUUGCGGCAAGGCGUUCCUCAACAAGUCCAAAUUCUUAAAACACCAACAAAAACACAAAAGAGCAAGUGUCCGCUGUAAAUUUUGCUGCAGAGAAUUUAGGGAGGAGGAUCAUCUACGCCGUCAUGUUGAUGCAGUCCAUUUUGAUGGUCCCGUUGCCACUUUCAAACAUCAUCACACUUGCUCUCACUGCUCAAAAUCUUUUAAAUCAAAAAACAAUUUAAAGAGCCAUAUGAAGCAGCAUGAAGGAGACGCUGUGCGGCCCUUUAAGUGUCUGGUGUGCGAAAGCGCUUUUAAGUACAAACACCAUCUAAAGAAUCAUGUCGAUUCUAAGCACUUGGGCGAGAGAAGACACCAAUGCGAAGUUUGUGACAAGAGAUUUAGUUUAAAACAUCAGUUGCAGAGCCACAUGCGAAUACACUCAGGAGAUCUGUUUAUGUGCGAUUAUUGUGGCAGCAAGACGACGUCUAAAGCACAUUUGAACAUUCACAUGCGCAACCACCACCCAGAAAAAGCUGAGUUUUAUACCUGUAAAAUCUGCGGUGAAGAUUUCACGAAGUUGUGGGUGUUAAAUGAUCAUAUCGGUAAGGUGCAUGGAAAAAGUGCUUCCGAUGUUACAGAGUCGGUAGAUGGGGGGCCAAGAGAAGGUACACUUUUGCGCUGUGGUAUUUGCAAUGCCAAGUUCACUGGGAAAUACUUCUUGAAGAAUCAUAUGAAGUCGCAACAUUCAGGUGGUGGAUCUGAAGAGGCAGACUUUAAGAAGGCGGGUUCCAAACGAAAGAGAAUCAAUAAGAAGGAAGAUGGUGUCAAAAAGUCGGCGUCUGGUGUUAAAAAGACUGGUUGCAAAAAGUCAAGGAAACUUAACGAUAUUAAGGGAGCUGUAGACUUGAAGUUAGAGAAUGUGGUACCUGAAGGAUCGAAAAAAAAGAAGAGGAAAUCUGCUGAUAAGAGCACUUUUCGGACUGGAAAAAGGAACUUCAAAAGAAAGAGGAAAGAAAGUAUGCAGGAUAGUUCAAGUGAUACGAGUGAAGUAAUGGAGGAAAACGAUAUAUUUGAAAGGGAUGUUAAAGAAAGGAAGUGUAAACGCAAGCAAAAACCGAUUGAGUGGUGGAGUUCUGAUGAAUGGGCUGAAGAAGACGAAAAGGAAGUUGGACAAAAACCUGAAAGCGACCAAGAGGGUAAAAGAAAAAGGAUUACGCAAGUCUCUUGUGAAGUUCCAGUGAAAGUUGAUGUUAGUGAAUCACCACAGGAGAGCAAAAUUGAAGUUGGAGAAAACUCCAAGACACAAGACGACAAUACGUGUGAAGGACAAACAGUGUCACCCUUCAGGCUCCGGAUAAAGUGGCCGAUGCCAGGAACAAGUAGCUAAAUUAUGAAGUCUGAGGAAAGUUUUAUGAUGAGAAAUAGGUUGGAUUAAUGUGGAUUGGUUGAGAGACUUUGAAGACAUUUGGAUGAUUAAGCAUGGUAAAGUGAGGUCCAAGGUUCUAAGCCAGACUGUGGGCUUUGAAGUUCUUGACCCAUUAGGCCAGGUUUUGUAUAUAGUUCAUGUUUUGCAGGUAACCUGUGACAUAACACUUGUCAUUCCUGACAUGAAGAAUUCAAGUGCAGGCUACAUAUCAUUCAUGGUGUCAUUUUUCACCCUGAGGUCGUUCUUUUCACGUGGUGUUUUACGCCCUUGUCAGUUGAUGCUGUGCUGGUAACUAGUGAGAGUGAAAUAUGAACUUAAGACAAGUGACAUCAUGAAUCCUACGGUAUGUAAAUCCAGCCUGAAAUUAAAUUUUUCAGUGAUGGUGCUACAGGAGAGAAAGAAUUAUACACAAGUCUCAGCAUUUAUGAUUGUCUUUUAGUGUUAUCUGCUUCUGAUCUGAUCAUACGCUCAUAUAUACUGAUACAUUUUGUAGUUUUAUGCCUACGGUGUUCACACUAAAGAUUUGUACAUUUUCGAGCAUUUGUUCAAAUUUACAUUUUACAUUGUUGUUUUGAUAAUCUGUGCAUUCUGUUAAGAUUUGGACGAUGCCAAAAAGGAAGAAAGAGUUUUUAGGGGAUACCCUCUGCACAAUUCUCAGGCGAGCACGAUGUUUCGUUGCCAAAGUGACAGUAACAUGGAUGGCUAAUUUUGAUGCGAGUUUGCGUGUGUCUUACGCCACAGAAUUAGCUCUCCGCCUGAUGCCAACCUCGUGUUUGAUACAGCGUUGUUCCGCCAUCAUCUAUAUCAGCUAUGACAGAGGGUUUUUCACUUGUCUUGUGAAGUAUUUAAUGGCAUUUAUAUUGAUGUCAAACUUCAAUAUUUUUUCAGGGUGGGGGCAGGGGAGCAUGCACGAAGACAUAAAUUAUUUCUUCUUCUUGGGCAUCAGGUGAAUUUGAGACGACCCUGAUAAGAGGGGGAAUUUUUUUAUCACCAGGAUUUUCUGGAUAAACACCUAUAGUUGCAUCGCAACACGCGUGAUUGUACAUUCCAUCAUGAUAUCAGGAGUGCAGCAUAGCAAACUGUCCUUGCAUUUGUGAUCCAUAUGAUAUGUUGAUGUUGAUGUUUUUUGCAAUUGUGAAUGAGAAAUAAUGGUCUGUUUCAUACUCGAAUUCUGAAUAAAAUGUUUCUAUCAAUUUUUAAAACAAUUAUGAUUUAUUUACUCAGAGUUAACUUAUUAGUAAUUUGACCAUUCAAUGU